CCCACACAAAUUAAGUUAGAAAAAAAAAAAAAAGAUUCAAGUCUGAACUCUGAGCCCUAAGCGUCAGCGUCAGCGAGAUUGAUUCAAGGCACAGGCAUCGUGCAUUAUUGGUGCUUACGAUGCUGUGUCUGAGAACGCCGUUUUGUCUGAGUUUCUCUGCCACCAAACACCUCCGUCAAUUACAGGCGCGGCCGUCCAGAUCUUGCAUCAAGAUGGCGUCAACUAAAACGGUGGAGCACAUUGUCCUGUUCAAGGUGAAGGAGGAAACGGAGCCGUCAAAGGUGAGUGACAUGGUGAACGGACUCGGCUCUCUGGUGUCGCUGGACCCGGUUCUCCACCUCAGCGUGGGCCCACUCCUCCGCAACCGAUCCUCCGCCCUAACCUUCACUCACAUGCUCCACAGCCGCUACAAGUCCAAGGAGGAUCUCGAAGCGUACUCAGCACACCCUAGCCACGUCAGCGUCGUCAAGGGAUACGUGCUCCCCAUCAUCGACGACAUCAUGUCCGUCGAUUGGGUCGCCGAUGACCUCGCCACCGCCAGUCUCGUUCCGCCGCCGGGGUCCGCGGUUCGAGUCAGCUUCUUGAAAUUGAAGGAGGACGCGGAUAAGGACACGGUGUUGGGCGUGGUGAGAGGAAUUCCAGAGAGUUUUAAGCAGAUUAGUGAGUUCAGUCUUGGGGAGAAUUUUUCGCCGGGGAGAGCCAAGGGUUUCUCGAUUGCUUCGCUCGCGGUUUUCCCGGGGCCGAGGGAGUUAGAGGCAGUGGAUUCGAACGAGGAGUUGGUGAAUUACCAGAAGGAUAAGGUUAGGGAUCAAAUCGAGAGUGUGGUCGUGGUUGAUUAUGUGGUGCCAGCGCCUCCUCCUGCUCAGAGUGCGAGCCUUUGAUGGGGUUAUUGCUACGCUAUGCUUUCUUCUUCUUCUUUUGAUAAGCUUAAUUGUUAUUAUUAGUUUAUUUUGUUAGCAGGAUGGAUGAAACCCCUUUUCUUCUUCUUAACUACCCAACCAAUCUUAUAUCUCCCUGGCCUAUGCUUUGUAUAUGUAAACUGUUUCGUUAUCUAUGCAAGCACGGACACCUCAGCUCCUUGCCGUG